AGAGGAACGUUUCCAUGGACGAGGAUACAACUGUAAGUUAAGAAUCUCAUCUCUCGAGCAAGUGGCCUGACAAAAUACAUACUUAGCACAAGCCAAUCUACAAUAGAGCUUCUGCUAGCUCAGAGCCUUCCACAAUGAUUUCACAGAGAUCGAUUGACAAUCAAAUGCUGCUCCCACCCGACUCGUACAUCCCAAGUGCCAUGUCAUUGCAGAUGCAGCCGCACCGUUUUUCAGCGGCAGCCUUCCAUGAGGCUCAUCUGUCAGCCGUCCAUGGGAUGCCUGGAAACCUGGGAUAUGCACUCAACCAACCCCCCAGCAGAAACCCAGGGAUUGAGGCCGUCUUCUUCCAGCAGGGGCCUUAUACGCCCUCAUACUUGAGCCAACACCUGACAUCAUCCACCCGUCCCAAUUUACCACUGUCAUCACAUCCACUAGCGAACACAUGUAAUCAAACUUACUCUAUGCGUCCGGGGAGUUGGGCCACGCAGAUAGCAACCCAGUUCCAGGUACAUACGCCGACCCCAGAACCACACACAGCAGCGGACUAUCACCUCACAUCGCCCAAUCAGCACCAGCCAACAUUACCUCAACAGCAACUCACCCCUAUCUCCACCUCAACAGGCGACUUCGACCUCGAUCUCGAUCUCGAUCUCGACCUGGACUUCGACCUCGAUGAGCCCCCAUCACAACCCCCAUCACAACCCCCAUCACAACCCCCAACACAGCCCCACCACUUCGCAGAUGAGAACGCCACCGCUGCGAUUCCUUGCUCCUCUUCAUCCUCGCCACUACGCUCCCAAUACUCUCACAAUCACCACCAUGUUCAUCGAGAUUUGACGAACUAUGGUAUCCCCAACCCGGAUGGAACAUGGCGCUGUGCCUACCCAGGAUGUUCUUCACAAGCCCUCUUCCGUCGUGGCUGCGACCUUCGCAAGCACUACAACCGACACCGCAAGCACCUGUUCUGCCGCUACGAGGGUUGUCCACAGGCCGUGCGGGGUGGAUUUUCCAGCAAGAAGGACCGAGAUCGACACGAAGCGAAACAUAACCCCGAGAUCCCAUGCGAAUGGGAAGGGUGCCGUCGAGUGUUCAGCCGGAUGGAUAACAUGAAGGAUCAUGUGAGAAGGAUCCAUAAGAGGCGAGACAUUUGAAAUAUUUCUCUCUCCCUAUGUCUCCUGUUUCUUUCGCAGUCGUCAUACUCAACGAAGGGGGCGGGGCAGUUGCCCCUUCCGCUCCAACUUCCGGAACAAAAUGCACUUUCUCGCCCCCAGGGGAUAAAAACUUUUCAGAGGGGGGAAGGGGAGGGGUCCG